AUGGAUAAUUUAAAAAGAAGACAUAUUGCACAUCCUGAGGAGUUACUGAACAAUACCGCCGUAGAUGAGCCCACCUAUGAACGUAUUUCAUUACAAGACGAUGAGGACGUGUACGCAGAAAAACUCAAGGCACAGCGUCAACGUGGCUAUCGUCAAAAAUAUGUUGCCUGGACAAUACAAAACACACACGUCAUUGUACCUACUGUUUUGACGCUAUUGGCAUUCUGGACGCGGUUCCGAGACAUUGAUCGCUCUCAUAAGGUUGUUUGGGAUGAAGCGCAUUUUGGCAAGUUUGGCUCCUAUUAUUUAAAACACGAGUUUUAUUUCGACGUCCAUCCACCUCUUGGUAAAAUGCUGGUGGCUCUUUCGGGAUGGCUGGCCGGUUAUGAUGGAUCAUUUAGUUUUGAGUCUGGCAAGGAAUAUCCUGAAAAUGUGAAUUUUGCUGCUAUGCGCAUUUUCAAUGCUUUUUGGGGCGCGCUCAUCAUUCCAAUGGCAUAUGCUACGUCUCGGCAGCUGGGGAUGUCAAUGGCUGCGAGUACUUUGGCAGCAGCUAUGGUGCUGUGUGAUACGGCGUAUCUUUGUAUCAGUCGAUUCAUCCUGUUGGAUUCAAUGUUGCUUUUCUUCACCUGUGCUUCGCUAUACUGUUUGGCUGGAAUCCGUAAAGCGCGUCAUAGCCCGUUUUCAAAAGCAUGGUGGUUUUGGCUUACCAUGACAGGUGUGUCUUUGGGUUGUGUUUCCAGCGUGAAAUGGGUGGGCUUAUUUGCUGUUGCUCUUGUUGGCCUUUACACCAUCGAAGAACUCUGGGACCUAUUCGGCGACCUCAAGCUGCCCAAACUAGCCUACCUGGAACACUGGAUUGCACGCGGUGUGGCAUUGAUUGCUAUUCCAGCCAUCAUCUACAUGGCCAGCUUUUUUGCUCACUUUACUGUAUUGAACAAGAGCGGUCCCGGGGAUGCUCAGAUGAGCUCCUUGUUCCAAGCACAGCUUGAAGGAAACGAACUUGCCGAAAAUCCAAUCGAAAUCGCGUUCGGCUCUUCCGUGACCCUCAAGAACAAUGCCUUUGGUGGUGGUUUACUUCACUCGCAUGUACAAAGGUAUCCUGAGGGUUCCAUGCAACAACAAGUCACUUGCUACCACCACAAGGACGGCAACAAUGACUGGAUGUUCACCCAACCCGAUCCAAACAACAAGCAAGCAGAAGACGAUCAAGCAGCAGUGGAGUACAUUGGUGACGGACAAGAGGUUCGACUCGUGCACAAAAACACCAAACGUAAACUGCACAGCCAUGCUAUUCCAGCCCCUGUCACUGUCGACCAAUUCGAAGUAAGCGGCUAUGGCGAUGAAAGUGUGGUCGAUAUCAAGGACACUUGGCGGAUCGAGAUUGUCGACGACAUUGCCGACAGCCACGCAUCCAAAGACCGUGUUCGAGCCUUGUCUACUCGAUUCCGUAUCCGUCACGUCCAUCUGAACUGUUUGCUUGCAGCGCACAAUACGCUUUUGCCAGCGUGGGGAUUCAAGCAAAUUGAGGUGGUCUGUGAUCGUGACGCAAAGGAUGAUGAUCCUCACGCUUGGUGGAAUGUGGAAGAGCAUCAAAACGAAAAGUUGCCUCCUGCGCCAAAGAGUGCACGUCGAUCCAAGUUUUUCAAUGACUUUGUUCAUCUUAAUGCGGCCAUGUGGCGAUCCAACAACGCACUGAUCCCAGACCCGGAUAAAGACGACAAGCUAGCAUCGGCACCUUCUCAAUGGCCACUCGUCUCUAUUGGACUACGCAUGUGUAGCUGGAGUGAUGAAAACGUAAAAUACUUUUUACUUGGAAACCCUGUUGUCUGGUGGUCAAGCUUUGCUUCUCUUUGGGUAUUCGGUGUUGCGGCUGGCGUCUACAACGUACAAAUGCGACGUCAAUACUGUGAACUAUCUGCGAAUCAAUGGGACAAAUUUGUUUCUGUGGGCAAGAUGCUUUUCCUCGGAUGGUUCUUGCACUAUAUCCCAUUCUUCAUCAUGGGUCGCGUCACCUAUCUCCACCACUACUUCCCUGCCUUAUACUUUAGUAUCCUAAUGGUCCCGUUCUUGAUGGAUCAUUUCACGCAACGGGCUACACCAAGACGGCGACAGAUGGUGUUCACCAUUGCGUUCACUGCAGUGAUUCUCACGUUUGUGUAUUUCUCGCCUUUUGCUUUUGGCAUGCGAGGACCAGCGUCAGAGUAUAGUGGUCGUCAAUGGUUCAAGGCUUGGACCAUCACAGAGGCUUUAUAAGCCAAAUAAUUUAUGGAAAGAGGGCACUCUGUAGCUUCAUCUUUUCCUUUUUGUAUAUACAAACAUUAGUGAUUUAGCUAAUAAACAAAUAUCAUAUCUUCCGUCCGGUACUUUUGCUGCUGCACAUAGCAUAACCCUGUGCACUAUCAUUGGCAGUAUCGUCAUAUGUACUACACAGUGAAUCAUCCAAUUACAACUUUGACGAGAACACGAAAACCCAUGGUGGUAGCCAAUAGUACUUGUCGCUGGAAUUCCCCUUAAGCCACGCCUUUUUUUUUAAACCAAGCGGGCUUUAGUAUAAAGCAGUUUUGACAUAUCUCGAAACUUUUUUUUU